AUGAGCACGCUCGCUCGACGAGGAGCUCGGACGGCUGCCCGUCUACGAGUGCCUAGCCGUGCAGAGCCAUGUGAUCUCGUCGCCAGACAGGACACCACGGCGUCUUUGGCGCGAUUCAUGGCCUCUGUCACUUUCUUCGUCGAUGACAACCGGACGGCAGCACGAAGAGGCAUGUGCAGCCAGAAGAGGUUGUUCAGCCAGUCUGCUGGAUACCUAGCCAGUGAGACGGUGACUCAGCCGACACCGAUCGAGACUGCAGCAAGCCCUGCGGCUCGACGAGCAUCCGCGUCUGCGCGACAGCGACUCAGACACGGUGCCGGCAAAGUAGCGCCGCACGAGGAUCUAGAGAUGAGUGACAAGAUGCUACCACUGUCUCUCGCAUCAACCGGCAACGGUGGCGCAAAGGACAGCUUCGUCAUGAAGUGUACCAUCUUGGACAAACUUGGCAAUGUAAAGACGAUCAGCGGAUCCUACAAGAAGACGGAGAUAUGUACAGAGCAUUGUCUACAGGCUCGCGAUCUCCGUAAACUCGAUUCUCGGGUGCCCAACGUCGUUCCCACUUUUCUCGUUCGCAAAUCGGCCAUACUCGUCAACAUCCUUCAUGUACGCGCGUUGAUCAAGAGAGACGAGGUCUGGCUCUUCGAAUCGACCGGACUGUCAUCCAGCAGCGGCCUCUAUAGCACUUUCUUAUACCACCUCGAGGGCAAUCUCAGGCAUUCCAACAAGGGUGGCAACAGCCUGCCGUACGAAUUCAGAGCUCUCGACUCGAUGCUCCAUAGCGCCAUGUCGGCCCUAGAGAGCGAAGUCGUCAAUGUGCGCGACCUCGUCCUCGACCUGCUAGAAAGUCUCGAGUCCGACAUUGUAGCCGAUCGACUGCGCGUUUUGUUACAGUUCUCUCGCAAGCUCGCUGCCCUGCAGAAGAGGGCAAAGUCGGUACAAGACGCAAUCAAUGAAGUCCUCGACCAAGACGAGGACAUGGCUGGCAUGUACCUUUCGGAUCGCCGAACUACGGACGAUCACAGCGAGAUCGAGAUGCUAUUGGAGAGCUACGGCAAACAAGCAGAGGAAAUUGUCAGCGAAGUCGACGGCCUAGUGGCCAAUGUAUCGCAGACUCAGGACGUCAUCGAGCUCAUCCUAGACGCACGCCGCAAUGCACUACUCGCGCUCGAUCUCAAAGUCUCUAUCGCAACAAUGGGCCUGGGCAGUGGCGCACUCAUUACAGGCGCCCUUGGCAUGAAUCUGGCGACAGGUCUGGAAAGCGAUCCCCGUGCUUUCGGCCUCGUCUUUGCCGGCGCCAUCGGACUAUCUGGGCUUGUCGCUGUGCUUGGUAUACGCAAAGUGAGACAGCUUCGCCGUGUCGGUCUCGGAAGACUCUCGAGCGCGUUCAGCAACGUUCCACGGAUAGAACAUCAAUGA